AUGAAACUAUCUCUCGCCACACUCUCAUGUGUAGCCUAUGGAGUUAACAUUAGCAACCGUCCCAGUUGCACAAAGACCGUAGAGGCUGGUGACGAUUGGGACCAAAUCAAAUCUCCUAACUUUCCGGGAGAUGCUGGCCAAGCCGAGUGCAUGUAUAUAAUUUCCGCCCCUGAAGGCCGCACAAUCGAGCUUGGCUUUUCUUCGACGUUUUCGAACUGCGAUCGCCAAUCACUGCAUAUUGUUGAUGUCGCAAACGAGAACGACUUCAAGCUGUGCGAAAGUACAACUGAGCCAAUCGUUUCCACCGGCAACUUGGUUUACUCGUUGUUCACUUCAAAUGCCGAAACUGGCUCUUUUGUGAUGGACUUUCGGCUAAGGCCAGCUCAGCAAAACGAGGAAGAAUCAAAGUCAAUUUCAGAAACAGAAACAACGACCACAGAGACAACAACAACUGCCUCGACAAUGGAAACUACUACUACAGAAGAAAUGUCGACGAUGAGAGCGAAUUUCGCCUUUGACAACCCUGUUUUCGACAAGGCAUCCAUGUUGGGUGGCAAGACCGACAUGCAGAACAAGAAAAUGAUCAAAUAUGGAAUCAUUGCUAUGGGCUUCGCCUGUGGUGGUAUUGUUCUCUGGCUUCUUAUGAGAAAAAUGAUGGGAAUCCAAAACGGAGGAAUUCCCGAGCCCGAAAACAAGCUUCCCGAAGGAACGAUUCCAACCCACGUGAAAGCUAUUAACGAGUACAAGGAGAAACUCAAAUCCCUCGGCCGGGAGUUGCCAUCUGAAGGCUAA